AUGGGCACCCUCAGACACACAGACACCACGGGGACAAGCACCCCAAGGCGCCCUGAAGCCACGGGCACGGCCCCCCUGGUGCCAGAGGCACGCCAGGACACGCGGAUGCCGCGGCCGUGCCCCCAGGCCCCGGUGUGGCCCCCUCGGGUGCCCCCGGGCCGGGUGCCCGUGCCCGUGUCCCUCCCGUCGCUCCGCAACCGCCGCCACCGGCGCGUGACCGAGAACAAAGAGCCCUUUGAGCGCUGCGGCUCCCCCCCAGGGAUCCCCUUCACCUACAGGGGCCUGCCCUGCCCCUACCCCUCGGCCCUGCUGGCCAGCACCUUCCUGCUCUCGGGGGGCCACCUGGCGCUGCUGCGGGUGGCCGCGGGCGCGAUGAUCCUGGGCAUGACCGACUGCGGCUCCUACCCCCACGACAGGGUGCUGGAGUCCCAGCGCUGGAAGAAGCUGGUCUAUGCCGGAGGGGUGGCGGCGGUGCUGCUGGCGCCGGCGGCGGUGGCCGCGGUUUAUUGCCUGGCCUGGGCCACGUCCUACAUCGUCUUCCCGUCCGCGCUGUGGAGCUGCAAGGCUUGAGCCCCGCCUGGAGACCAGUAAAGCCCGGCUUAGCUUUG